AUGGCAGCCGGAACUACACCUACUGCAAAGGCGAAGGCGAACGGGUCCAAAAAGUCUGCUGGCUCGCCGGCCAAAAGCAAGUCGAAAGCCUCGGCCGGCAAAUCGCCAAAGACCAAGGCCAAGGCCAAAGCGAUAUCAAGUGCAGAUGGAAAGCCCAAACCUGUGCGCAGACCCGAGAUUAUUCCCGAUCUGCCCCCUUUCGAAAAAGUGGACACUCGCCUGGACUUGACAGAGGCCGAGCAGAGGAUGGCACUACGCGAAUAUCUAUUUCGCUUUCGAGCCGCACUUUCAAUUCCGGAGAGGUCACUGCCGCCAGUGGACGAUUUUGAUCGACCGUUAACGGAGGCUAGUGUUCGCGUCUUCGCUGGGUCCAUGUUGGAACUCAUCCGGGAGGAGAUCGAGCACAACGGCCAGUUGGCGGACAAAAUCCUGCAUCAUCGAGAAGAGCUCAGAUACUAUGCCGAUCUCGCUCGGUUUGCUGCGAUAUAUAUGGGCCUCGAGGACUCUCUGGGUCUCAGGAAGCCAAUUGGCCAGGAACGCGACGGUUCUCUGCCCGUUGAGCUGGACCUCUCGAGUCGCAGAAGUGCUGCAUCUCGUCUUCCAUCGCCUAUUCGAGUUGUGCAAAUGCUCUUGGCAUUAUCUGAACGUACAUUGAGAACCCCAGCAAUCCGAGCAGACCUUGAAUCGCAAACGGAGGAAAACGUCCUUCGGCGGCAACAUCUGAGUGCCGUGAAGAAGGAGACUGCAGCUUGGGAAACGCGAAAGAAGAAGCUUGAUGAAGCCUCUGCCAAAACGAAGGGUGCGGCGGAUAGUAAAGCAGCCCGGGCAAAUCUCGCCUCUGAGCUCCGCGAACAUCAGCUGCGAGUGGUCCAACUCAACGUUAACCUCAGAGCCGACUUGAGUCGGCGCGCGUUGCGGCACGAGAGUCUAGGGUCAGAUCGCGACGGGCGAACAUAUUUUGUCUUGUCAAUGCGCCCGGUGACGCACGAUGGUCGUCCUCCCAUCGCUUGGGCAUCGGGGUUACUUGUGUGGGGCAAGGGCGAUCCCGGGUCUCAGGCAAGCGAUGCGGUGCCCAGCGAUAUGGAACGGUGGUCUCACUUUGGCAAGUCGCAGUCCGUUAAGCAGCUCGCAAAGUGGGUCGAGUGGAGCUGGAAGAAAACGAUAGCCUCGGUCAAGACAAAAAACACCAAAGCUGGGCGUGCCAAAUUGGAGGUCGUGAUCCCAUCCCAUAAGCGAGCCAGAUCAAGCAGCUCCUCCGCGCUUUCUGUCCUUUCUGACAACCUCCUUGACGAUUUUGAACCUCAAGGUUAUGAGCCCUCGCCGGACAUGCUGGAUGCACGAGCAAAAGACCUUGUGAGACGGCUCCACGAAGUCGCAGAGUGGCUGGAGGUGCUUGAAUGGAAAGGAAUGGGUGAGAUAGUUUAA